AUGAGCAAAAGUCCUAUAAAGGGAGCAACGAAACAAGGCCAAGAUUGCAUUUUGACCUAUGAAAGUCGUACCCCAAUAGCAGACCGAGAAAUGGCGAGUCGACUUUUCCUUCCACCGAAUUUCUACAAUUAUACCAAACGUGACCCUUGCCCUGGGUGUAUUGGUUGUCGUGGUAUACCAAAAAGAGCAGCCGAUACCAUUAAACAGGAGGUUAAGGACAUUAAACAAGUCAGUACGUCCGGUACUUCAGCGGUUUUCACAAGCACAGCGACGAGUCACUUAUUUGGACAGUCAGCUAACUUUGGCCAACUUGCGCUAUCAUCGUUUAAAGCUCAAGAUGGAAUUGCAUUUUCUCAGUCACAAACGAAGACAAGCCAUAAACCGUGUCAAGGAGCAGGUCAGCAGCUUUUUGCUGAACCUGCUGAAGAGGUCGAGGGACAAGAUAGUGAUAAGUUGCAUUUCGAACCAGUUAUUCCUCUUCCUGAAGGAAUCCAAGUUGUCACAGGAGAAGAAGGUCUGGAGGUGAUGUUUUCCGAGAGGGCAAAGCUGUAUCGGUUUGAUGGUGACCCGUCGGAGUGGAAAGAAAGGGGGAUUGGAGAAGUGAAGCUAUUACGUCAUCCAACUUCAGGACGAGGAAGAGUUCUCAUAAGGAGAGAGCAAAUCAAGAAACUGUAUGCUAACCAUAAUAUUACUGCUGAAAUGGAGCUUAAACCUAAUGUUGGAUCAGAUCGUUCUUGGGUCUGGUAUACUUCUGCGGAUUAUGCUGAAGGUGAAAGAAAGCCGGAAAAACUAGCCAUCAAGUUUAAGACUGAGGAAACGGCUGGAAAUUUUAAACAGGUAUUUGAUGAACUGAAAGAGUUAUUUUCGUCGGGACAUCUCCAAGAAAAGGUGACAGGUUGCGAACUUUCUAAACAGUUUCUUUCAAAUUUUGCUCCUGCACCUGGUACAUGGUCUUGUGAGGCGUAUUGUGUUGAAAAUAAGGCUGGGAAUUCGGCAUGCGUGGCAUGUAACUCCGCAAAAUCAAACGACGGAGAAACUGAACCACCUUCCAAACAUGGAGAAGAAACAGCUACUGCAACAAAUGUGUCUUUUGUUGAGUCGGUGAAACCAAACACAUUCCACAACUUGAAUAAAGACGCUCCGACUUCCUUCUUCUUCAAGUCUCUGGGAGGGAAGGGCCUGUAUACUUCAAAGCUUUUCACCAUUGGGCGAGGAGAAUCAAGUGUAGAUAAAGAUACUAGAGACGAUGAGACUGAUCUCUCUCCGUGUAAGAUGUCCUUUCUAAGCAGCAAGGGUAUAAUAACACCACAACUCUCAACCCAAGACCCGCAAGGUAAUCUGUUUACAGGUCUUCCGUUUGGCACUGGUGCGCCACGCGAUUUCACAUUUAGGAUGACAGUUUGGCCUGGAUCUCCGCCAGAAAAGCCAAGAUCUCCAUUGUCACACACGUCUCCAACGCGUCCUGUUCUUGGGGACACUGAUGGUAAAUCUAAAUUUGAACCAGUUAUUCCUCUCCCUCAAGAAAUACAAGUUGUCACAGGAGAAGAAGGUCUGGAGGUGAUGUUUGCCGAGAGGGCAAAGCUGUAUCGGUUUGAUGUUGGCUCCUCGCAGUGGAAAGAAAGGGGCAUUGGAGAAGUGAAGCUAUUACGUCAUCCAACUUCAGGACGAGGAAGAGUUCUCAUGAGGAGAGAGCAAAUCAAGAAAUUGUGUGCUAACCAUAACAUUACUGCUGAAAUGGAGCUUAAACCUAAUGUUGGAUCAGAUCGUUGUUGGGUCUGGUAUACUUCUGCGGAUUAUGCUGAAGGUGAGGGAAAGCCGGAAAAACUAGCCAUAAAGUUUAAGACUGCGGAAACGGCUGGAAAGUUUAAACAGGUGUUUGAUGAACUGAAAGAGCCACUUUCGUCAGGUCAUCCCCCGGAAAAGGCGCCUGCUGAACAUCAAAAGGCGACAGGUUGCGAACUUUAUAAACAGUUUCUUUCAAAUUUUGCUCCUGCUCCUGGCACAUGGUCUUGUGAGGCGUGCUAUGCUGUAAAUAAUGCUGGUGAUUCGAUAUGCGUGGCAUGUAACUCCCUAAAAACAAACGACGGAGAAACUAAACCACCUUCCAAACAUGGCGAAGAAACAGCUAUAACAAAUGUGUCUUUUGUGGAGUCGGUGGAACCAAACACAUUCCAAAACUUGAAAAAAGACGCUCCAACUUCCUUCUUCUUCCAGUCUGUGGGAGGGAAGGGCCUGAAUACUUCAAAGCUUUUCACCAUUGGGCGAGGAGAGUCAAGUGUAGAUAGAGAUACUAGAGACGAUGAGAUUGACCUGUCUCCAAGUAAGAUGUCUUCACCGAGCAAGAAGGGUAUAAUAACACCACAACCCUCAACCCAAGAUUCCCAAGAUACUCUGUUUACAGGUCUUCCGUUUGGCACAGGUGCUUCAUGCGACUUCACAUUUAGGAUGACAGUUUCGCCUGGAUCUCCGCCACAAAAGCCAAGAUCUCCAUUGUCACACAGUACUCCAACGAGUCCUGUUUGUGGGGACGAUGAUGGACCAUAUUUUGAGCCUCUCAUACCACUCCCUGACAAAGUUGAAUGUCGCACGGGGGAGGAGGGGCAGGAGGUACUGUUUUGUGACCGUUGUAAACUGUUUCGAUACGACAGUGACACGUCUCAAUGGAAAGAACGAGGAGUUGGUGACAUCAAAAUACUUCUUAACCCAAGUUCUAAAAGGCAUCGAAUCUUAAUGAGACGUGAGCAUGUGUUCAAAAUUUGUGCAAAUCAUGUGAUAACUUCAGAAAUGCAACUCAAACCGUUUCCAAACUCUGAGAGAGCCUGGGUGUGGACAACACUUGGGGAUUUCUCAGAAGAAACAACUACAGCGGAAACUUUGGCCGUAAGGUUUAAAUGCAACGAAAUUGCCAAUAAUUUUAAGGAGGUCUUUGACAAGGCUCUACAGACUCUUUCGCGUAAAAGUGACCAUUGGGUAUCUUCAUCAAAUGCAAAGGACAAUCAUCUUGACAAAGCAAUAGUUAAAAAAGAUCAAAAGGAGAGAGACGUCUUUGGCUAUGAGGAGGAGGCAUUUGCUCAACCAGGGAUAUCAGCAAGGUGGGUAGUGACGAAGCAGUUGAUAAUAAUAAUAAUAAUAAUAAUAAUAAUAAUAAUAAUAAUGAUAAUAAUAAUAAUAAUAAUAAUAAUAAUAAUAAUAAUUAUAACAAUAAUAAUAAUAUUAUAAUAAUAUCUAUAGUAAAAAAACUCAUAGUAGGCAUUCGUCUAUCUCCUGAGGUAAUGGUAACGAUUACAUUGGUUAAAGUCAGUCUUGUUGCGAAGAGCGGCCAAUAUCUCUCAACAGGCCGAUCUUUGAAUGACAGUCUCUUCGGUACAUGUUACAAGCGAAAAAAAGUUGGAGUUACUUAGGACAGGGGGUCAAUGGCUUGUCUGAGUAACCUGUAACGUGAUAUCACCUUCGUUGUUAUUGUUACUUUGAAAUGAUGUUUUAAAUAAUUUAUCAGUCUAGUCAGCUAUUGACCAUGAUUCUCGCUUCUAUCCCCAUGUAAGGCAACUGUAACUCGUACAAUGUACCUUAAACCGCGUUCACCUUGUUUCUAUAGAAUUUGACCCACCAUAUAAAAUAUAUUGAGCGUGUUAUAAUGUAACAAAGGAUGGAAUUCUGUUUGAAGGGUUGAGCUGAAAAUGGCUUCCAAGCUGUAUAGUAUGGUGGCCGAUAUAAACAUAAGACGAAUAAUAGAUGGGAAAACGUAUACAAACUUAACAAAAAACACCCCAACUUAAUUAACAUCAUGUCAACUUAAUGAUACCCAGGCAAACUUAAUAAAACACAUGCAAACUUAAUAAUACGCAGGCAAACUUAGUAAAGAGCAAGCAAACUUAAUGAUACGCGUGCAAACUUAGUAAAGAGCAUUCAAAGUUAAUAAUACGCAUGCAAACUUAAUAAAACGCACGCAAACUUAGUAAAGAGCAUUCAAAGUUAAUAAUACGCAUGCAAACUUAAUAAAACGCACGCAAACUUAGUAAAGAGCAUUCAAAGUUAAUAAUACACAUGCAAACUUAAUAAAACGCAUGCAAACUUAGUAAAGAACAUUCAAAGUUAAUAAUACGCAUGCAAACUUAGUAAAGAGCAUGCAAACUUAAUAAUACGCAUGCAAACUUAGUAAAGAGCAAGCAAACUUAAUGAUACGCAAGCAAACGUAAUAAUAUGCAUGCAAACUUAGUAAAGAGCAUUCAAACUUAAUAAUACGCAUUCAAACUUAAUAAAGCGCGUGUAAACUUAAUAAUACGCUUUCAUACUUAACGGAACAUGCGCCACCUUAACAAAGAGCAUACAAACUUAAUUUUGUGCAAACGUACUAAAACGUGCGCUAAUUUAACAAAUCACUAAGUUUGCAUGCUCUUUACUAAGUUUGCACGCGUAUUAUUAAGUUUGCAUGCUCUUUACUAAGUUUGCACGCGUAUUAUUAAGUUUGCAUGCUCUUUACUAAGUUUGCACGCGUAUCAUUAAGUUUGCUUGCUCUUUACUAAGUUUGCAUGCGUUUUAUUACGUUUGCUUGCGUAUCAUUAAGUUUGCAUGCUCUUUACUAAGUUUGCAUGCGUAUUAUUAAGUUUGCAUGCUCUUUACUACGUUUGCAUGCGUUUUAUUAAGUUUGCAUACUCUUUACUAAGUUUGCAUGCUUUUUAUUACGUUUGCUUGCGUAUCAUUAAGUUUGCUUGCUCUUUACUAAGUUUGCAUGCGUAUUAUUAAGUUUGUGUACUCUUUACUAAGUUUGCAUGCGUAUUAUUACGUUUGCUUGCGUAUUAUUAAGUUUGCAUGCAUUUUAUUAAGUUUGCAUGCUCUUUACUAAGUUUGCAUGCUCUUUACUAAGUUUGCAUGCGUUUUAUUAAGUUUGCAUGUUUUUUUCUAAGUUUGUGUACGUUUUGCCAUCUAUUAUUUUUGUGUAGUGCCUAUAUCGGCCACCAUAGUAUAGCGCCCCUCAACGGCACGCCCCCCUCAACAUGAUUAAUUUCAUCUUAAUGUUUGUUCUCAGUGAGCAAGAACAGUCGAUGCAUAAGGAGGUCACAGAAGUGGCAACAUCUAACAAACUAAGCCAAUCAGGUCUUCUGUUUGGCUCUGCCAGUGUGGGUUCGUUGCCCUUUCAGUCUGUAGCCCCUUCCUCUUUGACUAGCAGGAGGCAAACAGCUGAGGAACCAACCUCUUUAUUUAAUGUUAUUGCUUUUAACGUUAUAAUUGUUCUUUUUUUAAGGUGAGGCGGGGGGAGGGGGGGCGGUGAUGAUGUUGAACAUUUUUAUUCUUGCAAAAUCUGGUGUGUUACUACUUUGAUCACUUUCGCUUCUAGCCAUUCUCGAGGCUAUUGCAACUUGCCUGUGCCUUAGGACUCGCCUUUCGUGUCCACAUAGAACUUUACCCACCAUAUUUUUAUUGUGGAGCAUGUGAUGCCUAAACUAAGGCAACAGAACUUUCUGAAAGGUCGCCUUUAUGACAUCUACAACCUGCAAUUCGUUUCUGCGUUGAUGAGUUGUAAAGUUCAGUUUAGCAUGAUUAAUAAGGAGAAUGGUUUUCUUUUUCAGUGUCGAAGGACAGACGACAGAAAUCCCAGAAGUGACAACAUCGGCACCAAGCAUACCAAGCCAAUCAGGUUUUCUGUUUGGCUCUGCCAGUGUGGCUUCAUUGUCCUUUCAGUCUGUAGCCGCUUCCUCUUUAACUGCCAGCCCAUUUGGCAAGAAGACGCCUGACAAGUCUCUAGGGUUAAAAGGUGCUGGGUCCCAAUUGUUUGCCACCCCUAAAACGGAGGAUGAUAGCGGAGGAGUUGAAGCAGACGGUAAUCACACUGAUGGACCACAUUUUGAGCCCAUUAUACCUCUUCCAGAUAAGAUUGACGUAAAAACUGGAGAAGAAGACGAGGAGGUUAUGUUUUCACAUCGAGCUAAGUUGUAUCGCUUUAUCGCAGAGGAGAAGCAGUGGAAAGAGCGAGGCAUUGGAGAUAUCAAGUUGUUGAGAAAUGCAAGAUCUGGGAAAAUGCGAGUGCUGAUGCGGCGGGAUCAGGUGUUGAAACUGUGUGCGAAUCAUCAGAUAACCACUGACAUGAGUUUACAACCAAAUGCAGGUUCAGACCGAUCAUGGGUUUGGAGUACACAUGCAGACUUCUCAGAGGGGGAAUGUAAAGCAGAGGUACUAGCUGUCAGGUUUAAGAACGAAGACAUUGCCAGGAAAUUCAAAGAAAAGUUUGAAGAAUGCCAGGAAAUGCUGAAGACCCAGGCAUCACUGAAACCGCCACUCCAAAAGGAGACUGUCAAUACAGAGGGCGUGAAAGAAGAUCUUCUUGCGAAGUUUAAAGCUGAAGAAGGAUCAUGGGAGUGUGAUACCUGUAUGGUGAGAAACGGCAGUGAUAAGUUAGUAUGUGCAGCGUGCACAAGCCCGAAACCAGGAAUAAAGGAUAGUCAGGAGAAACAGUCAGAAGGAAAGCCAAUUUUUGGAUCUGGAACCACGUCGUCUGGGACAGGUUUUACAUUUGGAUCAGGUGCAUCAUCUUCUGGUACAGGGUUUUCAUUUGGAUCAGGUGCAACUCUCUAUCCAAAAGGAUUUGUAUUGGGUUCCACUGGAACAAAUGAAGGAGGUGCAAAACCGUUUUUCUCCUUUGGAUCAUCGAACCUGACUGCAAGUUCAAGCUCAGAAACUGCAACCACAUUUGGUUCAAUGACGCAACUAGAAACGACUAUUCAAGAGCAAGCUUCUGGAGACUACAUCGAUGUUUCUCAGACGGAUCAGCAAACACCUGAUGUAGACAAUAAGCAGCUGGGAAAUGGAGAGAAGAAUAAUGUGCUUACUGCUGACACGGGUGCUGGAGAGAGAGAAAAGGUUGAGAUGACAUCAUUUGGAGAAAGGUAAUGCGUAAUGUGCUCAAACGACACGUAAAUGAAUGUAGAGAUUUUCAUUUGAUUUGCCAGACUACCGAGUCAGUCUGAUUGGACGCACGAGCCGAAAAAGCGCUCCGAAGGCAUUAACUCAUAGCACAACCGUCCAGUAUGGUAUACACAGUAUCUAGCGUGUAGAACUUUCGAAAUAUUUCACUGUCCUUCCGGUGAAGAAGUGACUGCUUGUUUCCAUGUUAUGUUGUAGAUAGAUGCAUUUCAAGAAGUAAAGUUAUACACCUGUUAGUUUACGAACAAAUUAGUAGUUCAAAGUGUAGGUCAAUAUUUUUAGUGGGUCUAUUAUCAUCCAGCAAUUAUUUAACUGAAUCGUUUGGUCCCUUUGAAUAAAUGAGGUGAUCAUUGUUCUCGUUAAUAAUAUUCUCCUUGGGAAGGCACUAUUAAUGUUUCUUUGUCGUAAUUAUUCUACACUCUAACUUUUGCAGUGAGGCUCCCCAAAAAAACAAAAGUGAAGAGUCGAGUGAGGAAAAAGCAUUUCUCUUUGGGUCUCCAAGUAUCUCUGCAAUGUCCUUUCAGUCAGUAGCUGCUGCUUCGAUCGAAAAAAGCCCAUUUGGACAGAACGCAAAAACAAAAUCCAAGGGGUUUGCUGGAGCUGGAUCGACGCUUUUUGCUUCUCAGUCUCCUGGAGGGGAGACACACGAAGAGGAAGAACAAGGGGGUGAUCAUGAUGGACCACACUUUGAACCAAUCAUUGCUCUACCGGAGAAAAUUGACGUAAAAACAGGGGAAGAAGAC